AUGAAUCGAAUGAUCGCGGCUGCCAUUCUGCUCACGUUCGCCGUUGUGUAUGCGUUCCAACCAGAUGAUCAACUCUCAGAGAUGGAGAAGCGAAAAUCGGCGUACAUGCGUUUCGGUCGAUCAGAUCCCCAGCUCGCAGAUCAGUUGAUGAUGGACAAAAGGAAGAGCGCCUACAUGAGAUUUGGCAAGCGAUCUGAAGCCUUAGACGAGGACACCAUGGAUAUGGAAAAACGCAAAUCGGCCUAUAUGCGUUUUGGCAAGAGAAAGAGCGCCUACAUGCGGUUAGUAGAUGAUUUAUUGCGUUUUCGGGAAAGACCACACAAAGGCAUGGUCACAGAAAAAACGUGGACAUCUUUCGCAUUGUUUUCACACAAAUUCCAUUCUUCAUCCAAAAUUUGGUCCCGUUUUUUGUCCUUC